ACAAGGGAGAUAAUCCGCGGGAAAAGUCAAUAAACAAAAUGGCCGAAGAGAGGGUCUCGUUUAUAGAGGAAGAUCUUCCUGUGGCUGCUUUUCCAAAGAUUGCGGACAUCAGGCGACAGGGAAAAUUAUGCGACGUAACACUGAAGGUGGGAGAUCAAAAGUUCUCCGCUCACCGCAUCAUCCUGGCGGCAACCAUUCCCUACUUCCACGCAAUGUUCACGCACGACAUGGUGGAAUCCAAGCAGGAUGAGAUCGGCAUGCAAGGCAUUGAUGCCAGUGCCCUGGAGUCCCUGGUGAACUACGCCUACAAUGGCCGUGUGGAGAUCAACCUGAACAACGUGCAGUCUCUGCUCAUUGCCGCCAGCUUCCUGCACCUGCAGAGUGUGAAGGAGGCAUGCUGUGACUUCCUCAAGGACAGACUGCACCCACAAAACUGCCUUGCAGUGCGAGCCUUUGCGGACCAGUACAUGUGCUCCGGGCUGGUGGAGGCCGCCAACAAAUACAUCCAGAACAACUUCCGCCAGGUGUCCAGCACCGAGGAGUUCCUCAACCUGAGUCACACCGACAUGGUUGACAUCAUCUCCAGGGACGAACUCAACGUCACCAACGAGGAGCAGGUAUUUGAGUCGGCCCUGAAGUGGGUGAAGCACUUGAUGGAGAACAGGAAGGAGGCGUUGCCGGAGUUGAUGGUGAAGGUGCGGUUGCCGCUGCUCACCCCGCAGUAUCUGUCGGACAAGGUGGCCACGGAGGAGCUGAUCAAGAGCUCGCUGCAGUGCAGAGAUUUAUUGGAUGAGGCUCGAGAUUACCACCUGAUGCCAGAGAGGCGGACGUUGUUACAGACUUUCAAAACACGACCACGGUGUUGUACAGAUGUACCCGGCAUCAUCUAUGCUGUGGGAGGCCUCACGUCGUCAGGUGACUCUCUGAGCACGGUGGAGUGUUUUGACCCAGUGGUGGGGCGAUGGAAGGUGGCCGAGGCUAUGAGCACCAUGAGAAGCCGAGUGGGCGUCGCCGUCCUCAACGGCUACCUGUACGCCAUCGGCGGCUACAACGGCAUGGACAGGCUGAACACAGUGGAGGUGUUCGAGCAGGAGAGCAAACGGUGGAAGAAAGUCUCUGCCAUGAACUGCAAGAGGAGUGCCCUGGGAGCAGCCGCACUGAACAGCAAGCUGUUUGUCUGUGGAGGGUAUGAUGGAGUCUCCUCCCUCAAGUCCGUGGAGUGCUUCGAUCCCAAGUCAAAUAUGUGGUCGAUGAUGACAAGUAUGCAGAAGUACCGAAGUGCCGCCGGUGUUGCCGUACUGCAUGGGGACAUCUACGCCUGUGGCGGCCAUGAUGGAUUAUCAAUAUUUGAUUCUGUGGAAUGUUACAACACAACAACUGGGCAGUGGAGAACAAUAGCCAACAUGAACUCCAAGCGAUGCCGUCUGGGCGUGGCUGCUCUCAAUGGUAAACUGUAUGCCGUGGGAGGCUACGACGGUGCCGUGUUUCUCAAGACUGUUGAGCGCUAUGACCCAGGCAGCAAUACAUGGGAGUAUGUUUUGCCUAUGAAGAUGAAGAGGAGCCGAGUUGCCGUGGCAGCAACGUAUGGAAAGUUAUAUGCAAUAGGAGGCUACGAUGGUCAGGCCAACUUGAAUUCUGUGGAGAUGUAUGAUCCAGAGUCAAGCACAUGGACGUUUGUCGCCUCCAUGAGUGCCCAUGAGGGAGGAGUUGGGGUCGGCGUGGUCCCCAUGGAGGAAGCUGCCGUGUGAUGUGGAGUUAGUCAUGACUGUGGAUGUGAAUCUGUGAAACACUUAUACGGAACUGGCAAUGGUUGGUGCUGUGGAGUCUGGAGCAGGUUCUGAUUGAUUUUGAGGGAUGUUGCCAGAAGGAUGCUGAGUGAUGUUGCUAGCAGAAUGCUGCAGGCCAUUUGGUGAAUGGUCCUGAAUGGAAUGUUGCAAUGUUGAUUCUUGGCUCUGAAUGUCAUCAAAAUGGGUUUGAUUGAUGCUGAGUAAUAUUGCAAAGGCUGUUGCUUGCCAGUUAUGCUGAUGGUCUUGACCAGCUAACUCUACAUUAGCUGGUGCUGAGUGGUCUUGAUUGGACAGUUGCUAGUCCAGAGUCUUGCUGAUACCAAGUUGAGCGGACCACCAGAGACUGAAGCUCACAUGUGAACUAGUCACCUUUAUACAGCUGUAACCUGUAGUCAAGUUCCCUUGAUGAGCCAUAAGUUACAUAUGACAUCAUGGGACCUUGUUUGAUGUUUAGUAAGAUACCUCUGCUAAUACAUGAUGAUGAUGAUGAUGAUGAUGAUGAUGAUGGGACCUUGUUUGAUGUUUAGUAAGAUACCUCUGCUAAUACAUGAUGAUGAUGAUGAUGACGACGACGACGGUGACAUCUUGUGGACUAGUCAAAACUAUGGAUAUGAUUAACAACUGUGUGUAAUUUACUCCCAAAAUGAAUUUAGAACCAAAAUAAUAUAUGUUGUUAGUCUAUAGCCUGCAUUUGCCCUGAGCUUCAGAUUGAAUUGAAUUCUCAAGGGUUACAUCACCGAUUACAGUUGUAAAAGACGGACCUUGUCUCACAUAUAUAGGGCAUGGGGCCCAUGUUAUUCCUUCGGUCAUUUAUUUGUAAUGGGUCAAUGACAUGGGCCCUCUGACAAUCUGAAGCACUCACUACCUAUCUCCUUGUAGGUCUAGAUCAUAGUAGAUUGUAUUUUCUGUGUAACAUUACACCAAGACGAGAUAGUCAGCUGCUUUUUUAUGACAACCUACUUUCUUACAUAAUCAUCCAAUGACAGCGUGUGCACUGAUCAAUUCUUUUACUUUUUUGUAUGUGGAAAUGCCAGGACCAUACAAAUAGUAUGUAUGAUUGUAUGUGAUCUUGUCAACACUGUGAUUGCUAUCUGUGAUAGUGUGUUAGCAUGUCACUCCUUUCUCUGUUCAGGGUAGGGCAUCAGGUACACACAGGGUCUCAUAAAAUUAGUGCUUCUGUGUCAUAUACAGAAUAUAGCAUGAAAGUCCUUUCUCUGUAUAGAUCUUGGGAACAGGUAUGAUAAUAUACAGGUUGUUACACACUCAAGGCAAGUGUUAUAUACAGUAUAUAGCAAGUCACUUCUUCUCUGUACAGAGCUUGGGAACAGGUAUAUAGAGGGUGUUACACACUCAGUGCUUCUGUGUUAUAUACACCAUGUCACUCCUUUCUCUGUACAGGGUAGGGGAACAGGUAUAUACAGAGUGUUACACACUCAGUGCUUCUGUGUUAUAUACAGCAGGUCACUCCUUUCUCUGUACAGACCCGGGGAACAGGUAUAUACAGGGUGUUACACACUCAAUGCUUCUGUGUUAUAUACAGCAUGUCACUCCUUUCUCUGUACAGGGUAGGGGUACAGGUAUAUACAGAGUGUUACACACUCAGUGCUUCUGUGUUAUAUACAGCAUGUCACUCCUUCCUCUGUACAGGGUAGGGGAACAGGUAUAUACAGGGUGUUACACACUCAGUGCUAUUGUGUUAUAUACAGCAUGUCACUCCUUUCUCUGUACAGGGUAGAGGAACAGGUAUUGACCUUUUUCACACUUUCGCCAUCUUGGAUCGAAAACGAGGCUUGGAGAGCAUAGCUCUAUGCAGUGAGAGUCGCAUCAGCUCAUUGGGAAUAGACAGCAUGUUGUGCAUUUCACUGAUGGACAU